AUGGCUCCCACAGAGUCCAAGAAGCGCCUCGCGCUUGCCAUCAUUGACUUCCUCGGUGCCAGCUUGAAGGAUGGCACCCUGACCGCCGACGAUGCCGAAUCCAUCGAGAUCGCCCAGUCCUGUAUCGCCGAUACCUUCAAGGUUGAUCCCUCCAACGAGGCUGCUGUGAAGGAUGCCGUGGGUGGCCAGUCUCUGGCCAGCAUCUACAGUGUCUACGAGAAGCUUCGCAACAAGCCCACCGGCGACUCUGCCAAGUCUGCCGAAAGCCAGAAGCCCGCGGCUGGCGCUCCCACCCCCGAGUCCGACAAGCUGAAGUCCGAGGGUAACGGUGCCAUGGCCCGCAAGGACUACACCUCCGCUAUCGAUCUCUACACCCAGGCUCUGGCUAUCGCUCCCUCGAACCCCAUCUACCUCUCCAACCGGGCUGCUGCCUAUUCCGCGGCUGGACAGCACGAGAAGGCGGCCGAGGAUGCCGAGCUCGCCACUGCUGUUGACCCCAAGUACUCCAAGGCCUGGAGCCGUCUGGGACUGGCUCGUUUCGACCUGGCUGAUUACCACGGUGCCAAGGAGGCCUACGAGAAGGGUAUUGAGGCCGAGGGCAACGGUGGUAGUGAGGCCAUGAAGCGGGGUCUGGAGACUACUAAGCGCAAGAUCGAGGAGGCCAAGCGUAGCACCGAGCCUCCCGCUGAUGCUGUUGAUGAUGCUGCUGGUGCUUCCCGUGGUGGUGGCGGUAUGCCCGAUCUCUCUUCCCUUGCUAGCAUGCUCGGAGGUGGAGGUGGCGGCGGCGGCGGUAUGCCCGACCUCAGCUCCAUCAUGAGCAACCCUAUGUUCGCCAGCAUGGCCCAGAACCUGAUGAGCAACCCUGACAUGCUCAACAACCUCAUGAGCAACCCCCAGCUGAGACAGAUGGCUGAGAACUACGGCCGUGGCGGUGGUAUGCCCGACAUGUCCUCUUUGAUGAGUGACCCCAACAUUGCCGAUAUGGCUCGGAACAUGAUGGGCGGUGGUGCCGGACGUGGAAACCAGUAA